AUGGUUAAAGUAGCAGUCUUAGGUGCCGCAGGUGGUAUUGGUCAACCAUUAUCCUUGUUGGUGAAAUUGAACCCAAUUGUUGAUGAAUUGGCAUUGUUUGAUGUUGUCAAUGUGCCAGGUGUUGGUGCUGACUUGGGUCACAUCAACUCAAACUCCAAAACCUCUUCACACUUGCCCUCUUCAAAAGAGGACAAGACUGCUUUGGCUGAGGCAUUGAAAGGCUCAGACAUUGUUAUCAUCCCAGCAGGUGUCCCAAGAAAACCAGGUAUGACCAGAGACGAUCUUUUCAACAUUAAUGCAUCCAUUUGUCAAGGUUUGGCUGAGGGUAUUGCUGAAAAUAGCCCAAAGGCCUUUGUCUUGGUGAUCUCUAACCCAGUUAACUCUACAGUUCCAAUUUUUGCAGAGACAUUGAAGAAGAAGGGUGUCUAUGACCCAGCAAGAUUGUUUGGUGUUACUACCUUGGACAUUGUUAGAGCCAACACCUUUAUCUCACAAUUGUACCCAACUGACACCAAGCCAACUGACUUUGAUGUUAGAGUUGUUGGUGGCCACUCUGGUGAGACCAUUGUUCCAUUGUACUCUCUUGGUAAGACAAAAAAGUACUAUGACGAGUUGAAUGAAGAGCAAAAGAAGGCUUUGAUCCACAGAGUCCAAUUUGGUGGUGAUGAAGUUGUCCAAGCCAAGAAUGGUGCAGGUUCUGCUACUUUGUCAAUGGCUUAUGCCGGUUACAGAUUGGCUGAACGUAUUUUGAAGGCUGUUAGUGGUGAAUCGGGAAUUGUUGAAUGUACUUAUUUGAAUUUGGACUCCAAGAUUAAAGGUGCCGAGGAGGCUAAGAAGUUGGUUAGCGGCUUGGACUUUUUCUCCUUGCCAGUGGUUCUUGGUAAAGAUGGUAUUCAAGAAGUUAAGUAUGACAUUUUGAAUGAAGUCAAUGCUGACGAGAAGAAAUUGUUGGAGGUUGCCGUUGAGCAAUUGAAGGGAAACAUCUCCAAAGGUGUUGCAUUUGCCAGCAAAUAA